AUGCAAGCACUAAUAAGGCAGCAAGAAGACGACGAGGCUGAUGACGGGUCGGUAACGGAGCCCGACUCGGAUCCCGAUGAGAUCUUUGAGCAGGCCCUACAGUUCGCGGCGCAUAUUUACGAGAUUGUGUUCCGGAGGUGGGGAGAUAAGAAUACGCUAAGCUUCAUACAUACGACACUAGUCUUCAUGCUUCGGAUGUCCCAACUUCCAGCAGCCAUAUCGCAUCUCGAGGACCGAUACCCCUGGAAGCUUGCUUCCAUGAUGCUCAACUACCUGCUCAAGACAAUAAAGAAAGAGCCAAGGAUCGACACGGAGGAUUUUCCCGGCCAGGAAAAGAAGAGCCAAGAACCAGUUCCCUUGCCGGAGGACUACGCGCUGCGCGGGCUGCUCUUCGCCGAUGAUUUCUUCCCGAAGGGCUGGUUCGAUAACGAGAGGCUAGACGAAACGGACCGCUAUUUGGAGGCGACUUCUAAAACUUUGGAUCGACAGGAACGCAUUCUUUGGAUCGGGCGCAGGAUCGCCGACUCAGGCAAGUGGUUGACAUGGGAUGACAAGGCACGCCGGUUCGGCGUGGAUUCGAAGUAUGAUUUUGAGCUAGAGGGGUUGCCUAGCGACAAUCAAAGCGCGGGCAACGUCACGACCGUCGACCCCGGACCCGCGCCAGUAGAGAUAGACAUAGACGACGAAAGGGCCAGCUAA